AUGCAUUCUGCUCAACAACCCAACACCAUCGUCAUUGUUGGAGGCGUCGCCGGUGGCAUGUCAUGUGCGACCCGACUACGACGUCUGGACGAGAAAGCAAACAUCAUAGUCUUGGAGAAGGGUACAUACGUGAGCUACGCUAACUGUGGGAUUCCUUACGCUUUAGGAAAUGUGAUCAAGGGUGAAGCUAAGCUGCACCUCCAAACGGCGGAGAAGAUCGCGAGUUGGUUCAACAUUGAUGUCAAGACCGAUGCAGAACUCGUUGCCAUCGAAAGAACAAGCAAGCUCAUUCGAGUGAAAUAUCGUGUGAACGAAGGUUGCGGAUCUACAGGCGCUACGGAGCAUAUAAGAUAUGAUAAGCUUGUGCUGGCACUCGGCGCUGAAUCUUUUAAACUGCCCAUCAAAGGAAUCGACUCGGGACAUGUUUUUACUCUCCAAACAAUCCCGGAUUUGCAACAUAUUCAGUCAUAUAUUGCGACAAACAAAUGCCAAAAUGUGGCAGUCAUUGGAGGAGGAUUUAUUGGACUUGAAGCAGCAGAGAAUCUCCGCCUGCUCGGUACAAACGUUACAGUCCUCGAGUAUUUGCCCCAUGUCUUCCCCCCAAUUGACCGUGACAUGGCAGAGCCUCUGCAUAAGGAAAUGGAACGCAAUGGCAUCCACCUUGUCUUGAAUGCCCGAAUUACCGAAAUAACCUCCAGCCAAAUUCUACUAGACAAGACUAGCCCAGUUAAUGCGGAUCUCGUCAUUCUCGCUGUAGGAGUACGUCCACGCACAGCUGUUGUGGAGGAUGCAGGGAUCUGGGUUGGCAAAGCAGGCGUCGUCGUGAACGACACGAUGCAGACAUCUGAUCCCGACAUCUACGCCGUUGGUGAUAUGGUCGAAACUCCGCACUUAGUAUCUGGCCAAAUGGUCAAAAUCGCACUUGCUGGUCCUGCAAACCGACAAGGCCGCCUAGCCGCUGAUCAUAUUUGCGGAUUGAAUAACAGCUAUCGUGGAAAUGUUGGGACAGCUGUAUGCAAAGUCUUUGAUUUGACUGUUAGUACUGUCGGUCUUUCAGUUGAAGCAUUGAAAGCUAUUGGGCAUGGCGAUAAGACGAGAUAUCUCAUAAUCCAUCCUGCACACCAUGCCGGGUACUAUCCAGGAGCCGAGCCAAUGGUAAUAAAGGUUGUUUUCGAAGAUGGUUCGGGUCGUUUACUUGGUGCUCAAAUUGUGGGCAAGGAAGGAGUCGAUAAAAGGAAUGAUCUACUUGCAAUGGCGAUUCGAGGAGGCCUAAGCAUCGAGGAUUUGGAACAUGUGGAGCUUGGAUACUCUCCUCCUUAUGGUGCAGCAAAGGAUCCAGUCAACAUGAUCGGUUUCGUCGGUGGAAACAUCCUCAGAGGACUAGUACAGAUGAUAAAUGCUGAAGACCUUAUCGACGAUCUUAGAUCCGACGGCUUGGAGAAGUACCAAAUCAUCGAUGUACGAUCUCUGGAAGAGUUUCGUCAAGGUCAUAUGGUUGGGGCUAUUAACAUUCCAAUCGGUGAUCUUCGAAAAUCUCUGGCGUCUCUCGACAAAGCCAAGAAGUUGUUGGUCUAUUGCUGGGUGGGAUACCGCGGGUAUCUAGGUUAUCGGAUAUUGAAACAGAAUGGGUUCGAAGUUGUUAACCUGAACGGUGGGUUCAAAGCCGUAUGUAUAGGAGGAUAUAAUGCUCUAGUAGAGACAAAGUAA